AUGUCCCAAGAAAAUCCAAACAGUUCGGACCAAUUGAAUGAGAAGAUUAAUCGGGAGAUCGACGAAAAGAGUCACGAAUUUCUUCGUCGACUUUAUUUCUUUAUCUGCGAUUACGAGGGCCAACUUCCUAACCUCGGAGAUAUUUUUCGCCCCGAAGCUAUCGAGUGGCUUCUCGUGGAGUCUGUCGAGUGCAAGACGAUGGAUCCAAGACCUCUCGUGGACUUCGUGGUCAACACCGGCUACAAAGACGAAUUCGACGUGAACUACACCAACGACAAUGGACUCACGCAUUUUCACAUAGCCUGCGAGAGCGACUGCGACGACGUCGUCCAGAAAUUCCUCGAUCACGGUGUAGAUUUCAAUUGUCUCGAGCAAUUCGGAACAAAGGAAUCGCCGCUGCACGUGGCUUUGAUCUACGGUAGCGAACGGGUGAUUGAAUUGUUGCUGAGAAGCGGCGCGGAUCCGAAUAUAGCCAAUGCCAAGGGGUGGACUUUUCUGCACCAGAUUUGUCAGGGCAAAUUCUAUAACAACUAUGCGACUUUAUUGUUCGACCUCACCCACGAAAAAUAUCGUCCUAUACAGGUUAAUGGUGCGGACGAGUCCGGUAAGACACCGUUGCACAUUGCUCUGGCCAAAGGAUUCGAGGAGAUAAUCGAAUCGCUGCUGAGCAGAGGCGCCGAUCCGAACGCCGCUGACGGGGAAGGAUCGACUCCUCUGCAUAUCAUUUGCCAGAGAGACAAAUUCGACAGCGAAUGCGACGAAUGCCACUUGUUGAAGAAAUUCUUCAAGAUCAACGAUGACAUGCAUCGGAUGUUACAGAUUGAUGCGAGGGACAAUUUGGGCCGGACGCCGCUGCAAUUGGCCGUGGCGAAUCUCUUGCCGGACGAAGUCGACGUACUCCUGAAUCGUGGCGCUGAUCUGUUCAACUUCGCUUUUCCCACUAAAAAUUACUUUUCGGUCGAGGCAGAUAAGUUAUUGAACUGGUUCAAGGGCCGUAAAAUAUCGCUUAAUUAUAAACUGAGCAUAGCGUCUGGCGCUUUGGGUGUCGUCAGGUAG